AUCACUCUUUUUUGUGUAGGUCCGCCUGAGUACGUGGCCGGCCCGGUGAAUGGGCAUCUGUACGCGCAAGUGGACAAAGCGUUCAUAAAGAAAGUCAGAUCCUUGAGUCUUGAUAGCGGCUCCCCAGUAUCGAUUGGCGCGGAGAAUUCUCACUUUUUUGAAAACAAAGCAAACACCUUGACACGGAGACAUGCGCACGGUUUUAAAAACGGAGAUAUUACAACUGCGGAUGUCAAGCUGAGUCAGCCUCGUCUACAGUACACUCCCGACACUAUGCAAAACUCGACUGAGGGGGAGGUGGUGAGUGAUGAGGUCAAAUCUAUUGACAGGCUUUUGCUUGAGCUCGGAGAAUGCUCAGACAUUUUGGACUCAACUAUACAACAGGCCAAACCUAUUACAAGAGAUAGUGCUGUCUCUGCGCCUGGGGUCCCUGUGAGAAAUACAAGCUUUAAUGCGGGUAUGCGGUAUCAGAGAAAUAAUGGUGUUCCUCGUGUAAGCCAAGGUCAUCACUUGUCAAGGUCUACGCCAAACAGAAGCCCUGUAACAUCGACAGCUUUUUCUCAAAGUUACUCUUGGACUAGCAAUCAAAGAACUGAAAAAAUACCAAAUGGGAUCUUUGGAGAGUCUCCUUCGUUUGUUUUACAUGAGGCACCUAUAUCACAAACGUCUCCGCCGUUAUCACCACAAACAUCGCCUAAAUUUUACGCCACGCAAAUUGCACCAAGGACCUUCAAAGCUACGACUUACACUCACACGACAGUCGGCUACAACCCUUAUAGGUCACCCGGGAAUGGGGAUAGUUCUUCGGGUGGUUUCGUCACCAACGGAGUGUUAUCGAUUGCUGACGACUGGACAUCGUCCCAUCCUGGUAAGCAAAGACGUGGGCCUCAGGUCUUAGAUUUCAAUAACAAUAAGUCUCCAAACGGUGUAGAGUUGUUUGAUUUCGACCAGCGAAAAGAUAUCGAAGACGCGGGUACGUUACCGGAAAAGGGUAAUGUCGCUUCAAAAGUAGCGCUGCUUACAGAUAUGUUUCAGGCUGAUAAAGUGCAACCGGGGCAUCAUCAGAAUCUCCGAUGCCAGAUAAUACCGAUGCCCGGUCUGACCAGUGUUUCCCCGUCGGAGGUGUUUAAGGAGAUCUCUAAUUACAAUGCGCAGUCUCUGGCCCCUGGGGAACUCAGUCACUCCACGGGAACACUCUACAGCAGCAAAUCACCGCCCAAGAAAAUUGUGGAACUGUCGAAACACGUGCAACCCGAAGAAUCUCCGCCUCCAGAAAUUGAUAUUAUGGCAGUCAAAGGGUCGCUCAAACAUGUCGCACCCGCGCUUGAGUAUCGGUCACAUGACCAAAAGCCAGGUACUUCAUGUUUUUCCCUUGUCACGCUAUGCAUUCGGUACUAUCCGUCAUGACAUCCACUUUCAUGUCACGCAUGUUACUCGAUUUCUGCGCUAGAACACAAAAGUCAGGUUCUUUGUGGUUUUUCAGUGUCGCGCUGUCCAUUUCAUGACAUUUCAUCCACUGUUACAUUUCGCUACUUCGUUAUUACUUUAAUUCCAAUAAUUUUGGAUGAAUUUUGGUUUUGCACCUUUGAAGGGUAAAAGAUUAAUCUUUUUAUUGCAUCCACUUUGAAAUCAGUGGCGAUCCGUGCAAUCUGAUUGGCUUUAAGCAGUGAGAUUUAUUCCUAAAUCACACCUUUUUUUUGCUCUAAAUCGCAUCUGUUCCAAAUGUCGUCAUUCAUGUUUCAAAUCGCAUCAUUUCUCUUUUAAAUCGCACCAUUUUUGUUGUAUAUCGCAUCAUUUCUGUUUCGAGUACAAAAUGAGGUGUAGAAGCCUUUUUGUUUCGGCUUUUUAACAAACCGGCUACUUGAUCAAUAAAAUAGAGCGGUUUUCAUUUGAGUGUCGAAAAGUAAUUGGUUUUGCACUUUCUACACGAUGCGAUUGGCUUAAAAGAUUCGCGCCACCUUUUCAUCCAAUCAGAAGUAAAACCAAAGCCAAUUGUGACGCGCUCGCAUUCAUUUUCCCGCGCUUUGCGUCAGCCACAUGUAAUUACUUCGAGUUUUGAUUGGUUCAAUGUAUUGUCUGUGUCCUAUGUGAUUGGCCAGAGUAAUUACUUUGGUUUUGGUUUUACGACACUCAAACGAAAACCACUCUAUUAGUGCUGACUGAAUUCUGCGAUUCAAAAUGGCUGUUAUAAAGUGUUAAUUGAACUACGUGUGGUGCAGUUUUGGUCUGAAAUCAUACUUGUGAUUUCGAAUCGAACUCGCCCUGCGCGAUCGUUUGAUUUUGAAAUCGCGCGUAUGAUUUCAGACCAAAUUCAGGGGCACCCAACGUUAAUUUUUGGAAAAUAUUUGUUCGGAAGACGAUUUGAGAUCUAGAAUUUUCGAAACAUUUGUUGUAAAUUUCUUGCUUGCCUGCCUCUCCUAUGAUUUUCUAACAUCUGAAAAAUGGUAUAAUUGCCCAUUUUUAACGGAUUUUUACCCUAGAAAGGUCACCUAGAAUUGUCGGAAGCCUUUUUUCUGACUGAAAUUUUCGAAAAGGUAAGUUUUGAUCUCUAUAAUUUUCGGAUCACUAGACUUUCAGCUAUGAAAUCCGGACACAUGAAAAAAAUUUGGGGGAUAAAAAUGUGCUUAUAUCUACCGUUUAAAUAGUAAAAUACGUUCGACAACGCCAUGUUUAAGUGGUUUUGAACUAUAUUCUCGUUGGGUGCCCCUGCAAAUUGCUCUCCACUCAGUUCAAUCACCAUUAUUUAACCCUUCCGUGUGUACCUUGCUGGCUUCUAGUUUAGACUGCUAACACUGCAGUUUUUCAAUCAGCUCGUCUCGCGCGACAAUACUGAGGAAAAGCGAGCGGAGAGGAUUUGCUUGCUGGUACAACAGUCCUAAUAGACCUGAAUAGACUUUUCCAGCCUCGCAGUUUUCUCGAUGCAAGUCAACUCGCGCAAAUCGUUAGGGAUUAAGAUUGCGCUUCCCCGCUCUCUCCCUUUAACGCUCCUCAAACACAAGUUUGAACAUUCCUCCAAAAAAUCGUAACAUUUGAGGAUUUUGAAGGUUCUUUUUUCAGUUUCGCAGGCCUUUUACGUGUAAUGGAGCUAUCUAAACUUGUGUGGCAUUGCGUGACAUGUUACUUUCAUCACGCAGAUUUUAGCGAUUUGAGGAUUGUAAACAGUCCGUUUCAAUUCUAUAGCCAGUUUACGUGUGAUAGAGUUACAUAAGCUUGUGUGACAUUGCGUUACUUUUGUCACGCAGAUUUCAUUGAGCAACAUGUUACCCCUAGUAGCAGUAUUGAUGGAAUCAGUUUGGAUGAAGGUGUGGAAUCCAAAGGCUCCACUGACGAAACCGCCAUUCUUGGAGUGUCACCAUCAGUGUAUGUGAAGAUUUUUUGUUCUGUAUUUUAACAAAUGGAUUACCGUAAAAUUCCGAGAAUAAGCUCCUCCAAAUAUAAGCCCCACAAACCAGUAACGCAAAAAACCCUCCGUUAAAUCGCCCCUCCAAAUAUAAGCCCCCCGGGGACUUGUAAUUGGAAAAUUGCCCUCAAAUACAAGGUAAAACAAAGCAAAAACGGUAAAUUUACCUCCAGCUAUAAGGCUAGUUCAAGCGAGUUUUAGACGCAAAUUUCCCUCCGUAGAUAAGCCCCUCAAAAAGGGCCUUUGAAAAAAUAUAAGCCCCGGAGCUUAUUUUCGGGAUUUUACGGUAUUUGGGGAAUAACUCGGGCGUUUCCGGACCAUCCGAAAUCAGAAUUUUGAAUCUGUGGUUGAGGUCCUAAAGUUAUAUCUUUCAAAUAAAAGCUUGUUAGCAGUACUUGGUCAAGGUGAUUCACGGAACUUGUUGUUUUCUUCUUGAAAAUUACUUAAAUGGUAAGCAAUAGGAAUUCUCCCACAGACUGAAAUUCCACUCAUUACAAUCAAAGAUUACUACUGAUUAUUAUUCUCCUAACGUUUUUCUCUGAAUUCAGCAGCAGUGAUGGCCAGACAGACUCAGCGUUUGGAGAGUCCAUCAUCAGCACGUCACCUUACUCCACCCCGGUAGCAGGACUCCUGUCGAACCGGUUUAACCAGGGUUCGACCACUCUAGAGCACCAUGGCGAGGAAGCUGACGACGAAUUGCGCCAGCGAUCAAGAACCGAUCGUUUCCGAGAAAAUGCAGAAGUGCAUGCGCAAGAGGCACGUGAAGAUGAAGAAGCGGGAUAUGCGAGGCUAGAGGACAUUUGCUCUGGGCAGUCCGGUCAGGCCAGCACACAAAGCAGGUAAAUAGUCACCCAUCCCACCCUGCUGCCAAACGUUGUGCGACAAAUUUUGUCGGUUAAUUUCUUGUCUCACGCCCAAACUUUCCUUCUCUCACAUUCGCCCGUUUUGCAGCGUAGCUCGAUUAGGCCAUUUCCGAGUUCGUUAAUCACUCACUUUCAAAACCAGGCUAAGUGCAAAACCUUUCUUGUGAAAAUGAGUUUUAUUUGCAUUAGAAUAAAAAAUCAGUGUCAUAUCAAUAGCUUCGCACUUAGCCUCGCUUUGAAACAGAGGCUUGGGGCAAACUGGAGAUAUCCCGAUCAAAUGAUCAUACAUGGUGUUUACAUUCUUAGCUCUGCAAGUGGUACAAGAAGUGAGACGCAGACCACCCUAGUGAGUACACGCCCAGUAGAUACUCUCAGAAUAGAGGAGAAUGGGCAGCAGAUAGUAGUUAAGGAUUCAUCGGCGGAUGUGGAAGCUAUUCAGGAUAUUCUAUCGGAAAUGGCUGAUAUGAGGUAUCCUGUUUAUCCUAGCUUACGUAGCAUCAAAUGAUACUGAAAUAGAAUAUGUGUACCCUGCGAGCAGAGGUUUGUCUUUUUGCAUGGCUUUUAGCGUUUACGAAGUCAUAAACCAACUACGCGAAAAAAGGCCUCGCGAAUGACUUCGUAAACGCUAAAAGCCAUGCAAGAAAGCAACCUCUGCUCGCAGGGUAUAAUAAUAAUAAUAAUAUUAUUACUAUUAUUAUUAUUAUUAUUAUUAUUAUUAUUAAUUUUUUUUUUUUAAAUUUCCUGCGGUACUGUUUAUCACAAAAAAGGCUAACACAUUAAGAUGCGUUAAGAUGCAUUAAGCGUAAUAAUAAUAAUAAUAAUAAUAACUUUAUUUUAGUGUCAAUAUAUUUAGCUUGACAGUUAGAUAAUAGGGGACACUUUCCUAAGUACUUCCCUAAGUGUGAUACGUGUGGAGAGAAGAACUCACUAAAAUUGUUGUGAGUUCCAGCCAGGAGUUGAACCCAUUGGGCCAUAUUGCCGUUUUAAUUGGCGUUUAAGACCAAUUCUUUGUUUAAGUCACCACUUAGUACCUUAACCAAUACACAAAAUGUUCCUGUGUAGAGUUGUGAAGUGAGACUAGGUAUCAAGCAAAUGUCGUCAGAGAUUACUAACGACCAGAAUCACGAUUAUAAUUUCUUUGGGAAUUUUUGCAGGGAUAGCAUCAAAACUUGAAAAAGUUGGCACAACUUUUUCAGGUUUCAGUCCAAUCCACGUCCAACAACAACAUCAACUUAAGCUUUAUUUGCAUGACCAUAAUUUAAGUUACAGUAUAGCAAAAGCUUUAAGAUAAAUUUACAAUUAAUACUAAUAAUUAGAGAGAUGAAGAUUCGCGUUUACCGCAAACGGCAAACGUCAGACUCAAAAGUUGAGAAUUUCUUAGAAUAGAAUAUAAGUAGAUAAAAACAGUCCCGAACGAUUGCUAUGGUUAAAACUGGAUAAUACUACUUAUUUUGGUGUAGAAGCGAUAAAGAGUAAACGGAAAAUAAGGGGAAAACUUGGUCACGUGGUACAAAUUCACGUCUGCUGUUUAGCUAGCCUGCGUGGGAGGCGUUCGAAAGGGAAGGGGAAGGGAAUUAGGGCGCGAGACCGCCCGCGAGGGAGGAGGGAGGAUUGGCGUAAACGUGAAUUUUAGUCUCUCUAUUAAUAGGGAUAAUAAGCCAAUUAAAAAAAGAACAAGAAAACGAUUACAAUAGUCAAUCAAGUGUCAUCAGUAUGAUUUGAUAACAAAUUAUUACGUAAAUCGUUACAUAAUGAGAUAAACAAUCCAAUCCACAAUCCUUGCAAUCCGUUGCAACAGACGACAGGAAACGGUUUCAACGCUUAAGUAUCGUCCCAGAUAACAAAACUGGACCUUUAGUUUUGGAAUUUAGUUGAUACGAGAAACAGUUUUAGCGUUUUGACAUAGUCUCCUCAAAAGAGGGCUUUCUUUUAGUUAACAAAACACACGAUUUCUUUGUAGCAUUACCUAAAGAGUUAAAGGCACUAAUGAUUUCAUGUUGAUAAAUUUUGUUCUUAUCUUUGUAGCGUCAUCGCUCCUGAAUCUGCCCAUCUAAGCCGCUCCAGUACCCCACAUAGUAUAUCCAGCGGAGGACUGGAGAGCAGGAGUCCUGUGCUGUCUUCAGGAUCUGGUGUCUUUGAAAAUGAGACACAAAGAAAGAAAUCCCAGCCUCAUUCGGACAAAGGAUAUGGCUCAACAACAAGCGUAUCUUCUGGUUCCUCAGGAGACAGUAAGUGAUAUCUUAUGGUAUCAUUGAAUCUCGUGAAACCUGUAUUCUGUUAUUUCCUUUGGGUUAACGGGGUCUCAAAUCAUGCUGGGUAGGCUUUGCACUGACUCUAGACGUCAUCUGUAAAUUUUAAAUUUGAAACAUGAUCGCAUUUGCCAUUCCUUCCACGUUAAAAUAUUUAUUUUUGUUUUUUUUUCAGAUGUUUUCCUAUCUGAAAGUCCAAAAGUCCCUGGAUUGAAGUUCGAUCGUGACACUUCAUCGUUUUGGUACAAACCCAAUAUCACAAGAAAUGAUGGUAGGUUCUCACCAUGUUGGCAUUUUGUUUAACUCUUUAAUAUCAACAUGCAUAUUCUCCACACUGACUCUCUAUAGUUCCUAUGGUAUUGAUCAGGAGAAUUUGUUUAACAAUCAAGACAUUUUUUACCUGUUGAUGAUUUCGUGACCUUCGUAUUUGAUUGAUCACUGCCCACCUACCCCUCCCCUAAGCCAACAUUUUGCCCCAAGUGAGAAGUAAGUGUUAAGGUUGGCUUAGGGGGGGGGUAGGUGUGGGCAAUUUUACCAGAAACGUAUUAUGAUCGGAAGUUAGGUUCUGAUCACAUUCAUAAAAAGAAAGCGACAUUCUUUCUUCUUCCGGUUAGGGUUUCUCCUUAAGGAUCGCUUUUUUCAGAUGUGAAGAUGGGAUGCGAAGAAGUUUCACUUUUAAAAAGAGUUUAGAUCACCUAAAUACAUUUCAGAAGAAAUCGCCGUUGAACCGCGUCUAAGAAACAUGAGUGCAGGUUGUGUUAUGUCGUUGCAACGGAAAAUGUACCUAUAACCUCGUUGUCAUUCAUUUGUCCUCAGCUAUCUCCAUUCUAAGAGACUCGGAACCAGGCUCUUUCGUCAUCCGGGACAGUCAGUCCUUCCCAGGAGCCUUUGGUUUAGCUGUGAAAGUCGCGGUGCCCCCCGCCCACGUACUGCAGGGGCUUCAAGGAGAUAUGAGUAAGUUGAAAAUACAUGCCAACCUCGGUCCUAGGGGUUUUCCUGGGAACAAGGUUGAAACACAUCCGUUACGUAAAGGCUGGGUUUCACUAGCUACGGAGUCGGAGUCGUAAUCAGAAGCGUAGAACUUUACGAUCAAGUGAAAACUAAGUUGUCGGAGUCCCAAGCAGAAGCGGAAGCCCAAUCACAAAGCGUCGGAACGUGCAUUGUGAUUGGUUUAUUCUUCCGCUUCUUCUUCCGAAUCCGACAAUCUGGUUUUCACUAGAUCAUAACAGAACAAUGCGAAGGAGUCAGAAGCGGAGUCGGAUGAAAAUGGAAACGUUCUGAUUCAUCCGACUCCGAUUCUGUCGCGCUUAUGACUCUGCUUACGACUCCGAUGUUUGAUUUUCACCAAGUCAUAUUAAAGCGCUCUUACGACUCAGGUUAUGACUUCGACUCCGACUCCGUCGCUAGUGAAAACCAACCUUCAAGUUCUCCUAGAGGGAAUUUACGACUCGAAAAGCCACUAGCCCUCCCACUCCUAAGACCUUCCUUCGGGGUAAGGGAGAGGAGAUUUUAGUGGGGGAGGGGGGAGAGAGAAAGGAAGUUUUCUUCACUUUUUCGCCUUUCUCUUCGGGGAUCCGAGAGCGAUCAAUUGAGGUUUCUGCGUAACGGACCAGCUAACCCUCCCUUGAGUCAACAUUAACACUUACUUCCCACUUAGGGCAAAAUUGUGAGUUAGGGAGGGGUAGGUAGUCAGUUACCGAGAAACCUUAAUUGGUUAUAAACACCUGAUACUCAGUCUAAAAAGCUACAUAAUACAAAUCUUCCGUUGAUUAUUCCAUCCCUAACAAGUUACUUUAUAAGUGGCACUCUUAAAAAACACAUCGCCUUGUUUUCUAAUGUAUACGGUAAUAAUAAAAUGUGCUUCGCAGAGAGAUCUCCAAAUCAAGAUUCAGAUAAAAUGUCGUAAAUUAUAAGAAAUAUGCAGCAUAACUGUUACGGGCAAAAAGGAAUAUCAGGAACUAUUCUGGAACAUCGGAAUUAAGUUGAGUGUUUUCUUCUGUUGUAGCUAAAGUUGACCUGGACAAUGAACUUGUGCGACACUUUCUUAUCGAGACGACAAAGAGGGGAGUUAGAUUAAAAGGGCUGAAUGAUGAACCCGUGUUUGGUAAGUCAUACUACAGCUAUACUUGUAUUGUGUGGUCGCCUUUGGGGAUUGGUCAACUAACUGCUUAAAAAAAGGUUAACCGUUUAACAGGGGUGACAAAAUGUAAAUUCUUUACACUUUACAAUGCGAUUUUCGAACGGUUUAUUUCUUAUAGUUUUGUGACAUUCAUUGUGUUUUCUUUCUGUUUGUUGCUUCAGGGAGUUUAGCAGCGUUCGUUUAUCAACAUUCCAUCACGCCCCUUGCCUUACCCAUCAGACUAACCAUACCUUCGUGGGGUAAGUUAACAGUAACGAGGAGGAUGUGUAGGCCAUUUUAGUCGCUGCCAUUUGUCGGCCGAGUUGGGAACAGUAUAUAAAGAAAACAUUGCGAACAUACAAAAACACAAUGUAAUAUUUUCGGCGCGAUCAUUUGUAGCGUGUGCCGUGGGUGCCUAAUUCCUGAUACCGUGGAACCCCCCUAUAACGAAGUGCUACGGUACCGAAAUGAAAACAUUGUUCGUUAUAGCGGGGUAGUCUCUAUUAUUGGGUUAACAGAAAAAAUAUUCGUUAUAGCAGGGUAAUUUGAUAAUUAACAAUUACCAAAAAUUCAGUACUUCUUGUAGAAAACAUUAUUUUUAUUCAUUUGAUGCUGUAAACUGUAAGUGUAAAGCGCUGACAAUCACGACAUCAAAUUCAAAAACACUUUCAAUUAUAGCAAGCUGUGAUUUCUACUCAAAUCACUCGUUUUUGUUGACUGCUGCAAGCGACUUGACAAAAUUUUCGUUACAGCAGGGUAAAUUGUGCGUUGAAACCGUCAAAAUCUAUUCAUUUUAGCGGGGAUUUCGUUAUAGCCGGGGUUCGUUUUCACAUGUUUUACUGUAAUUCUGCCGGGCUUUCAGAUGUUUUUCGUUAUAACGGGGUCUUCGUUAUACCGGGGUGCCAUUGUAGUUCGUCUCCUGUCUCGGGAGUUUAAUCAGGCCGUGCGCACUAAAGUCAAUUUUGAUGUUCGUCAGAACGCAUCCUGGUCUGGUGUCCCUGUGACACUAAGGCAGAGAUUUUCGAGCUAUCACAGGCGACUGCAAAUUAGCCGCCUCUGUUAAUUUUAUCAGAGGCACCUCGGCCGGAAAGCUGGACUCCUUCCGACUCGAUUUCGUUUCCGUAAUUGACGAACGCGGAUUCGUAAUCAAUGAUUACCUCUAAUCCCUAACAUUGAAUACAUAGUCUAGAGAAAAUUUAGUGAGAGUUAAUAGAAUGAUCAUCUGAUGUGAAAAGCUUUGAUGUACAAACAAAUUCUCUUAACCAAUUCUUUAAGGAAAUGUAUGUAGAUCAGUCUGGAGAACUUGUAUUUGGAUAUUGGAGCUUGCGCACGGGGUAUUUCAUCCUAGGUAUUUCUAGAAAGGACCUCUGUAGCCAGGGUCCGUAGCGUGUUACUGCAAAGUGACCGCUAUUUUUAAGCUAUUGGGGACCGACGGUUCGCGCUGACAGAUCUUAUCGUGCAAAUCACCCAGCUUCUGGGUGACCACGAGAGUACUGCAAACGCUCCUUUGGUCAUCCCAUAUUUUCUCUCUGCUGUCCACUUGUUGGUGUAUUUACAUGUUUUGAGUUUGUUUAUAUUUCUUUUUAUUUCCAGACCUCUCAGGAGAAGAUAAAACCCAGUCUGCUGACACAGAGGACGGUCAGUCGUGGCCAAAGGGUGCAGGUAUCUGUCGCCACGGUUGUGGUGUGAAACAUUUUCAUUUUAACGUCAUCUCUGACUCUGUAGCAGUUUCUGUCUACUGAUGUAUGGUGCGUGUUGUUGGCUCGCUAAUAUAUUGCACUAUCCUCGCUGAUUUUUCUGCAAAUUACCUCACUUAUGUCAAGGAUUGCACUCUUUAUCAAAAGUUUGCUUGCACUGAUUUGUUCUGUUUCCUUUUUCGACUUACAGUUGGUUCGCUAAUGUAUCUGGGGCAGUGUGAUGUUGAGAUGCUAACAGGUGCAAGCGCUAUACAACGCACCGUUGAACGCUUGUCAACAGAGGACGCUGCUAAGAAAUUCACCACUGUAAGCUUCAAGGUUACACCUCAGGGAAUGACAGUGACGGACAAUGAACGAAAGUAAGAUUGGCUUACCACUUCCUCACAAUACCAUCUCCUCAAACUUAAUACCAGUGUUCGAUUUGUUUUGUUCCAUGAAAUACCUCCUUUAUUGACUACAUACCAUAGUAUUACAUGUGUUUGGUUCCUUAUAAUACCACCUACUUAAACUGCAUACCAUAAUACACUUGGUGUCAUAAUAACUAUAUGCUGUAUUCAUCACAGAUAUCUUAUUUUUCCUACAACAUAACCCUUCCUGUAUUUUUCUCAACAGAGUGUUCUUUAGACAGCAUUUCCACAUGAAGUCUAUUCUUUACUGCGGCAUAGACCCUAGCGACAAGAGGUAUCAUCAACUCUUUUUCUGAGAAGAAGUUCUUUGUAAUGAGAUUAAAGUUUCUUUAAGGGUUAUCUUGGAAUCUAACUUGUUUGUUUUUUCUUGUAGAUGGGAUUUGAAAACACCAACCUACUGCGGGAAAUCAAAGUAA